AUGAGUUCCGUCCCCGAAUCCAACCUCGGCCGCGCGGCGCGCUAUGCUGUGCCAUUCGCCCUCAUCCUGAUCCCCGCCUGGAGGACCAAGGUCAAUACCGAGGUCCCCGAGCCAUACCUCGACGAAGUUUUUCACGUCCCUCAGGCUCAGGCAUACUGGGCGCACAACUGGACACAUUGGGACCCGAAACUGACCACUCCUCCGGGCUUGUACCUUUGGUCAUAUCUUCUCUGCGCUCUCCUACUUGCGCUCCGCGGCUCGCCGACGAAACUCGAUACCGAAGCUCUGCGCACGACCAAUGUCGCGACGGCGGCCAUAUUCCUCCCGUGGAGGCUUCAGACCCUCUCAGAUGCAGUUCAUAAAGUUCGGAACACUCGCCCGCUGGGCGCGUGGCUCAGCCACACGGUCUUGAACAUCUGCCUGUUUCCGCCAUUGUUUUUCUUCUCUGGUCUAUACUAUACCGAUAUCUUGGCACUGUUGGCGGUUGUUGAGGCUUAUAAUUGGGAUCUGAAGCAGGCCACUGGAGGUCGCCGUGCCUGGCUUUCCACUUUGGGCUUCCUGAUGUUUGGGUUGGCGGCAUUGAUGUGCCGACAGACGAACAUCUUCUGGGUUUCUGUCUUUCUGGGCGGGCUGCAGGUUGUUCGGAAGAUUCGGCAAUCCUCCAAGGCUUGUCAGUCAUCUGACUUCUCUGCGAUACUGAAGCGUGGUCUGCAAAAUGAAAUUUACGACCCUCUCGUCUCGGAGGCUUCUCUACAAGAUUAUGUCAAGACGGGUGUUUCACUUGCAAUUGCGAGCUUGAAGAACCCCUUUUUAAUUGUGACAUCGGUCAUCCCUCACAUCGUCAUUCUCGGUGCAUUUGGUGCAUUUGUUCUGUGGAACAAUGGCGUGGUGCUGGGUCACAAAGAGUUCCAUACUGCUGGCAUUCACCUAGCUCAGAUGCUUUACAUCUGGCCCUAUUUCGUCUUCUUCUCCUGGCCGAUCCUUAUCAUUCCCGUGCUGAACGUCCUUCCAAAGCAGUUCUUGCCUAAAUAUUUGAAUUAUGGCUUUCCAGAGAAACAGAAGAGACUGCCUAGCAUUCUUGCCGCUGUGAUCAUUCUACCAGCCAUGCUUGCCAUCGUUCAUUUCAACACUGUUGUGCAUCCUUUUACUCUAGCAGACAACCGACACUAUGUCUUCUAUGUGUUCCGUCUGCUUCUCGGGACUCACCCCGCAGUCAAGUAUGCUGCAGUUUUGGCAUACUUCCUCUGCGGCUGGGCAGUGAUCUCCGCAUUUGGGUUCUCCGUCAUUCAGGCCCCGCCUCGUCUCCUUCAAAUCCCCCCCACCGCGAAACUAGCCACUCCAGCCGCUCCUACACCUAAGGCCUCUGCAAAGGAACAGCCCAAAGAAACCAGAAAGUCUACUCGAGCACGCAAGACCGCGCCCAAGAAAGAUAGCAAGCAGCAGAAGCAGCUCGAUCCAAUGUCGCCUGAGGUGCUCGCCCGGGUCCAAGAAUCUCUUAUUCAGCGGCAAAGGCAGCAACCCGAGGCCCCACGUGUCAGCUUCGUUCUCGUGUGGCUCGCUGCUACGGCCCUGUCUCUUGUGACAGCGCCUCUCGUUGAGCCGCGCUACUUUAUCAUCCCGUGGGUGAUGUGGCGUCUGCACCUACCGCCGUCGUCGACCCUUGCCACAUUCCGAAAGCAGAAGCCCAGGAAUGAAGACGAGAGGGCUCGCGCAGAUUUUGCUACCAAUGCUCCCAAGUUCCUCGAGACUGUGUGGUUCGCUGUCAUCAACGCGGUGACUGGAUAUAUCUUCUUGUACAAGGGCUUUGAAUGGCCCCAGGAACCGGGCAAGGUCCAGCGCUUCAUGUGGUGA